GACGUGGGAUUAUUUAGGAAGCCUUAGCAUGUAGUUGGCUUCACUAUCCUACUGCAAGUCUCAACUGGCACGAAUACCAAGGCAAGGUCGUGCAAGAUGCAGAGUUGCGGAACUCUUCUCAAACUGCCAUGCUGAGCCUCAUCCACCAUCACUCCACUCACUACAUCGGCGUAAUCUUGCUUCUCCACAACCCGAACAAACGGCUGUGGAUACCUCGGCGAACGAAUCCGAAGCCAGCCCUCACAAACCCGCGAGAAUCGGCUCGCCGGCGGGAAACAGCCCCGCACACCGGGCCGGCCCCACAGCGGGUACCCUCUCCGGCCAUCACAGAGGUGCUAUCGUCUAUCCGUAAUAAGGUGGAUUCAUUCCAAAACUACUCACCGCCGUCCGCCUUAGACAUACUCGCACAAGCUCACCACCGAUUCGUGAUCGCCGGCCUCCCACCCGGUUGUUCGUACCGCUCUGGCUAAACAUCGGCUGCAUGUAGCUCCACGGUUCAUAGUAGAGGCCCACCAUCUCCAUUCAAGAAGGUCGUCUAUUCUAUACUUCCACGCACUUCAUUGGAUGACCUCACGCCCCAUCCCAAAUAGGCCAUGGAGGCUCCUCUCAAGCGACUAACUCGUUCCUCCUUCUACACCAGAAUUUCCGGGCUUUUGCCGGCC